UGUGCAAUGUUUUGUUUUGCAGCAGCGAACACAUUUCUGCCGUCUCGCGGCAUUGUUGUUUAUUUCCUGUGAGAUUGUGGUGCAGAAAACAAAUUACCGAUGUUUCGAGUUGUGUCGGGCAGUGAUUCACUGCUACGAGCUUUUGCAGCAUUGAAUAUCGGGCGCCAAACUGCCUCGCUAUGUAGUGGGUCUAGAAACAGCAGCAGCAGUACGUUCUUCAAAGUGCGACCGGCAAAUGACGAAUAUCGCGGCCGCACAUUGCUGCAACCCACCGUUCCCACAUUAUGUAAUGUUCGGGAAACAAGUUUCUUCAACAAACUUCCCGCGGAUCAAAUAUGGAAGGGUGUCAUCUCCGUCAGUAAUGCCGGUAAGAAGCGAGGUCGAGGUAAAGGUUCCGGACGCAUCACGCCAAAGGAUCUGAACAAAGGGCAGAUGAUUGGCUACGGCAAGGCGAACAUCGUAUGGCCCGGACUGUCGGCACCGGUGAUACGAGGCCGCGAGCUGGUCCAGCAGCAAAAGCUUCCGGAAGACAAGGAGCGUGAGGCAAAGUUGCGGCGCAUUCGUGAUGAGAUGGUGAACUUUAAGCGCCUGAAGCUGAGUCCGCUCGAGCGAGGAUGGUCGGGAUCGAAAAUGCCUGGCCGCAGUAUCGGACCGCCGGACGCGGUCGGUGAGGACGAGUUCAUAGGCUUCGACACCAAGUGCUUGGAGCUGAAAGCGGUUGUGAACAUGAAGGGUAACCAUGGCCGGAAGAGGCGCGUCUCGGCAAUGGUGGUCACGGGUAACGGGAACGGUUUGGCCGGCUUUGGAUUCGGCAAAGCGAUUGAAGGCCGCGCCGCACUGCGACAGGCAAAGAACCGUGCCGGUCAGAAGCUGAUGCAUUUCGAUCUGUGCAAUGGGCACACGGUUUUCCACGACUUCCACUGCCAGUUCGGGGCAACGAAACUGUUUGUCGAACGAAAACCGGAAGGGUACGGACUGAAAUGCCACCGUGCGAUCAGGACCGUGUGCGAAGUGCUUGGUAUUAAAGAUUUGCGCGCAAAGUGUGAAGGUUCCACGAACGUGCAGCACGUCGUAAAAGCAUUCUUUAUCGGCCUGCUCAAGCAAAAGGAUCACCAGCGCAUUGCGGAGGAAAAGGGCCUGCAUGUGGUGGAAUUCCGGCCGGAAAACAUGAACUUCCCGAAGGUGGUCGCCAGCCCGACGGUGUGUCGCACGGAGCAGGAGCUAGAAAAUAACGAAAUUCUCGACUUUACCCAGUACUGCAUGGAUGGAAAGAUUCAGCUGCAGAAGAAAAAGUUCCCUCCCUUCUACACGAAAUUCCGCUCCUGGGAAAUCUACCUCAAGAAGCAGGAGUACCUCCGCAAUCAGGAUAAGGUACGGCUACGGAUGAUGGCCGAGACGGGGGAGGUGCGCAGUUAUCUUACGGAGAAGUAUCCCGAGUGUCGAAUGGGACCAGGUCCGAAGGACGAAUAAGAUGGUGUUCUCCAAUGUUUUGCAGACUUCGACCUAAAAAAGGCAGUUUCCUUGCAUAAUGCUGUAACUAAGGUGGAAGGAAUAACAGAAUAAAUAUGAAAAUAUGUCCCUAAUAAAACGA